AUAUCCCACAAUCCAGCGCGCCGGCUUCCCGUCGUUCUUCCUGUUCUCGGGCCGUCCGCCAAUCAGCGUCAGCCUGGCGUUGUGUUGGGUUUUAAAACGUAAGGGGUGUACGAAGCCGUUUGGCUGCCGGGAGAUUUAACUGCAAGUCAACAAUGUUUCCGAGAAACAAAUAGUAUCUUCAUCCUGGGGAAGUUACGAGUGCUUUGCUUAUGUAGCGGCGUUCGAGUGUGGAAUGGAAUAGGCCUUUACGGCUGCAUGGUGCACGCUAACAACAGCAUCACGAACGUUUCCGAGAUGGCGGACGAAGAACAGUGCAAUCUAACUUCCCUUGUAGUUGCUGAAUUGAGAAAUCUGGGAGUGAAAGUUCCGAAACUGAAGAAGUCACGAACUAGCGCAAAACAGGCGUCAAGACGUUCGGGAGGGCAAGGUGGAACCUUUGGGAUGCCGUUGGAAAAGCAACAACUUGCAGUUUCUGGCGAAACGGGGAUACCAAUUCCAAUAGCUCACCUCCCACUUUGUUUUGCAAGGUUCUUGAAGAUCACAACAGAAUACUUGCUUCUGAGCAAAUCUUCAGAUGGGCUGUUUCGAAAAGCUGGAUCCAUCAGUCGACAGCGAGAACUUCGGAGAAACAUAGAAAGCGGACAGAGUCUACAAGGUGCACAAGUGCAUGAUGUGGCUGGGAUCUUAAAACAGUGGUUCCGAGAACUGCCGGAGACUGUUGUACCGGAGUACAUGAAUGAACUAAUAAUGCGAUGUACACAGUUAUCAUCUGAGCCCCUCCAGGUGAACGCCUUCCAGUUGGCCUGCCUGCUCCUACCCGUGGAACACCUUCACGUCUUGCAGCACACAUUGUUGUUCCUUUCCACUGUGGCCAGAGAGAGUGGAGCAAACAGAAUGGAUGCUCACAACCUAGCUGUCGUCAUGGCUCCGAAUCUCCUGACUUCUCGCUGUGAAAUGAUGCCGCCCAAGAAGGCCAGUUAUCUUUUGCAGAGCCAGACACUAUUUGUGGAGCUUAUGAUCUGUCAUGCUCAGCAAGUGGGUCACAUGCCACCCCUAGUGAAGAACAGUCUUCCUAUCAACCCUUCAGACGAGGAGCUUGAACAUUCUGGGGAUGAAUUGGGUCAAAGGCAGCGUGUAAAGACCAGAAAGCAAGGAAUUCUCGCGAAUAAGCUUCGUUGCAUUGUUCCUCGUGCCCGAGGGACUCGACUGCGAGUUGUGGAAGCUGCAACCCUCGACCUGGUUGACAUGGAGUGUUCUCCGCGGCUGCCCUCUACUGUUUCCUCAAGGUUGGAGCUCAAACGCAAAGCCUUUGCCAUGUCUACUGGGCAGCGAGAAAUGGAGUCAGAGAACCUUAACUUAGGCCCCAGGAAAAAAGCAAGGUCCCCACUGACUGUAUCCACUGAAAAGAUGUCUGUGUGUGAUAUGGUGGCCAUUGCAAGGCGUCAGACACACUCCAAGCACUCUGUCACAUCACUGGCAUCCAUCGAUCCUCUGACAGCCUCUGAUGACAAUAAGGACAGGCGAGCUCCUGUGCGCCGUUAUUCAACACCAUCUCUAAAGAACACAUUGUCUGUCCCCAUAACUGCAGAAAAUUCCAACGGUGCACGCACACAAAUGACAAGGGGUGCAAAGCACAGCUGCCGUUCCCUGACAUUCUUUGCUGGGUGUUACGCUGCUCAUCGCAUUGAGGCAACAACUCCAGAGCAUAGAGUGCCCACUCCUGGAACGGUCAAGAGCCGCAGCACGCUUAAACGUGGUCGACCCAACACCAUUCAGAGUGGUCUGCCAUCUCCAUUCAGGUCAAACUCAGAUAUCCUUACGCCACAGGCUUCGAGAAAGACCCCAAGAUGCAUCAAGUUUGAUGCCCCAACUGUCAACGGUCUUCCAUCUGGUUCCACUUUCUCUUUAAAUGAUAUGGACAGUGUGGAGAGCCACCUGUUUGGAGGAGGUGGAAUGUCCAUCGACAACCAUGCUGCAGGCACAAAAUGUGACAAAUUGGUGCAGACUCCUCUAUGUUGCACAAGCAUCGAAAAUUGGAAUCUCUCCCGCCAGUCGAGCUACGUGAGUAUUUAUGACGGCCUCCGUAACAACGUGCAGACGGUGCCGCAUUAUUCCGAGGAAGUUUGUGGUGGCAGAGCAGAAACGUCUCCACAUCGCACAUCAGUGGACAGAUUGCACGAAAUUAAAGCCGAGGAUGUGAUCUCACUGACUCGCGACGCUGGUUGUGACAAACUUGACUCCGACAGACAACCCGAGACAAAAGCAACCGGUCCAUAUUUGUCCAGUGCAGAAUCCAGCUUGAGCGUGUCGCGUAUCGUGGACAGCACUCCAACCCCUCCCAGAGCCUCGGAGCCCGUGGAGCAAGAGAAAAAGGGGACUCCCCUAAAUGACCUUUUCGAGUUGAUAAAAUCUGAAACCUGGGCAACACCACUGCCGACCGCGGCCAGAGACGACGACGACGACUUUAGCCGGAGAGAGAGCAUCGUACAGAUUCGGAAGAAAAAUGCGGGUCUUGUGCGCCACAAUGUGCGUCUGUUUAGCCAGGGGUGCGCAAACUCCGUCAGAAAAGUGGCGUCUGUUCGUGUGGGGCCAACCUUUGUGCGGAACGCAGCCGAGACACGUUCUCUGAGGAGCAAUUCUAGCAGCACCAGCCUACAACGUUCACCACUGCAGGAGACAAACAGAAUGGGCAUAUCGAGAAAAGCGUCCCUCAAGUCUGAAAAACGUGUUGGUAGAGCGUUAGAAGAUGGACCGAAGGAGUGGGUGAUGGAAGUGUGACAUAUGUGUCAACAUGCUGUGCAUUUGCCUUAAUUCUGCCAUAAGGGACAUUAGUAUAUAUGGACUUGACAGAUGCUGUGUCCUACCUUGUUUCAACUUUGCAGCUACAAUUUUAGUUCUCUCAGUUUCUGCUUAGUUGUCGACACCUUUUACGAGAUAAGAGAUGCAUCGAGGCGCAAUGUUUGAUAUCUUUUCUUUUAUCUUUAUCUGCCUCACAGGUUAAAUUUUCACUCAUCAUUGUAGGCUCACGGAAGAAACUAAAAUUGUAACUAAUCGUAUCGGGCUCCUAUACCCACCGAGUGUGUUCAGAAAUUGCAACUCAAAGCCAAGGAUACUUGUUGUUUUCCUCGCUUAAUUCAGAUUUGCAGCACAUGCAUGAAUUUUGAUGUUCAUAAAUGUGAUUGACUGAGCUUCUGUUUAAACCUUGUACCCUGUGUUGUCCGUUUUGUUGAUAUUUUUAAACUCUUAGACAUUUUAAUGCACAUGGACGCUCCUGGUCUCUUCUCUGAAGAACAAAAGUAUUUCUGUAAGGGAUGUGACAUGUUUCCACAUUUGCUUUUAAUGUAAUAAACAUAAUUUUGUCAUAAAUAUGAGAAAGUGGAUAUAAAGUGCUUAUUAUA